GGGGCAGCAAGGAAGCUAGUUAGUCUGACAAAAGGUAUCGAUCAUCACCAAGAGCUUGAUGCUGCAUGUCAUCCUGGCCUGGCUUGCUGUAAGAGACAAUUAAUCAAACCUGACUCGAGAUAUUCUCAGUAUAUGUACACUGCGUCGCCAUGAGACAAGAAUUUCGAUGGAAAAACUAUAAGCUUGACUACCCAGACAUCAGUGUGUUCACUACUUCCCCAUGGAUGUCACCGUUAUUCUUCAUUACUUAUCGUGCAAUGAUCGCGCUGUACACAACAAUCUGGCAGAUAUUAGGUGUGGUCUAUCGCGUAGACGAUGGUUUCAAAUGGUUUAUCUUCCUAACAAACUGGAGCUACACGUUUCUCAACGUCCACUUCAUCAUAGGUACUUUACUUCCUGCAUAUUAUCACUGUCUGUACAACAAGCGCAAAAUCGUGUCGUGUGACGCCAACGCUARCGAACAACCAAGAAACGAUGAGGUUGUUGAAAUCAACCUUGACAACGGAUGCCCACUUAGCGAGAAGCCCGAGCUAGCUCUCCGACAUCCCUGGAUGUUAAUAAUUACUUGCAAAGCAUCAUGGGUUGUUUAUAACAUCGCAGCUAAUGUUGGACUUUUGGUGACCUUGAUGUAUUGGUGUUUCGUGUAUGUYCCUGGUCAAUACGUUGAUGGCUCAAAUAUCAACGCCCAUGCGAUCAAUUCUGUGUUAAUCGCUWUAGACAUGCUGCUGUCAAGGGCUCCAUUUCGUGUUUUCCAUUUGAUCUAUCCCGUGCUAUAUUCAUUCAUAUACAGUCUGUUUACUAUCGUAUAUUGGGCAGCAGGAGGUACCAAUGAGAAUGGUAAACCUUACAUCUAUGCCAUCAUGAACUAUGGAGAGAGUGCUGGGCUUGCUGUGUUAAUGGCGGCCAUGUUCGUACUUCUCGCCGUUCCGCUAUCUCAGUUCUUGUUGUACGGCUUAUAUAGGUUUAGAAUGUGGUUGGCAGAAAAGAAGACUAAAUAAACGAUUUACAUUUAAUUCAUGAUUAACCGUAUUGCAUUGAAACGAGAUGUUAAGAAUGAGUCAUCUAUGUAAGACUGCAAUAGUACAUAUACAUUUAUUAUCAGCAAGGGAAGGUAUGUUUUUUAUUGGGGGAGGGGAGGGUCACAUCAAACCAUAAAUCCGUGGCCGUAGAGCCAUAGUUAAUAAGCCUGAAGCGGAUUGACGUUUUAACCCCCGUCUCUAGACCAUAAUCCUUUUCAAAUUGCUUUUGUUCUUUAAUUAUGACUAUUGUUCCUGUAUUCUCUAAGGAAUCAAAAAWUUUAAUAUGAAAGAAUUUUAAAAACCAUUAUGGUAUAGAGUCGGGAGUAAAACGUCAUCUCGCUUCAGGCUUAUUAUGGUAGAACCUAGCAGCCAUAUCAUAUGUGAUAAAUAUAGAUAGAUAUAAAGAAUGAAGUAUUAUACAUCAAUCUAUCGUAAGUUUACUGAAAUGAACAACAUGCUUUAACUCGAAUUAACAGAAUGGAGCAAUACAACGUAAAUCAGAGUAAAAUUAUUUUUUUUCGUACGGAACCAACAUGGCAGAUAGAUAAACAACCYAGCUAUUGUCCCUUUAAGUUAGAGUUACAUCAUUUGCCGUUGCCACAAUCAUUUGCAUCUUAUUAUUUUAACUGAUUUUGGUGUAUUAAAAGAUCAAUGCUUAGAUGA